GGUGGCAUCGAAAUUUGUUCUUUUUCGCUUUAUAUGUCAUUUCAUGUAGUGUUCUUGUUGUAGAUAUGUGGAUGAUCAUGUUAAAGAUUUUGUUGAAAGACUGCGACAGGCGGUCGCGAUCGAGAGCGUCUCGGCUCUUCCGGAAAAGCGUCCCGAACAGACGCGCAUGGUGGAGUUCGUGAAGAAUCAUCUGGAACAACUCGGAGCUUCAUGCGAAAUGUGCUAUCCAGGAAUCCAAACGAUGGACGACGGCUCAAAAGUGCCGAUCGCGCCUAUUCUUUUCGGCAACUUGGGUAACGACAAAAAGAAAAAAACCGUCUGUAUAUACGGGCAUUUGGAUGUACAACCAGCAUCAAAGGUAAUCAGUAAUCAAAUUUAUCUAUAAUC